GAGUUGUAAUAAGUGUAUUUGUGUGUGAGUCGGAGCGUACAGAUGAGCUCGCGAGCUCGAUGCGGCUGUGUGCGUGGACGGUCCGGGCCGUUGUAGCCCCCGCCAGUAGCAAGCCGCACGUAGCGGCACCGAGACGCGCUACGCCGUAGCAAAGACGAUCGCACAUUGUGUUCCGCCUACGCUAUCGGACAAUAGCGCCGGCGGCGGCGACGAUUCGUGGCGUUUUGUUAUUUUUUGUUAGAUGUGAAUAAAAGGGACCCUUUGUGAAUGUCACUCAUAAAAAGCGUAGACGGUACGCUAAAAGAUGACGUCCUUUGUUCACGAAACAGACAGUUUUGUACAGACUUAAUUUUUGAACAUUGAUGUAUUAAUCAUACAAAUGACUGGACGGCUCUGAGCGGGAUGUCGUACUCGUAAAGUUGCGGUGUGUUAAAUGAACGAAUAUCUGGCGUGUUGUAAUCCAUGUGACGUUUGCGUGUGUCAGUGGCCGUAAUAAUUAACAGACGAUUGAAUUGCGAGUGCCAACAUGGAAUUUCUGUCUCCACUAAUUCAGUUUCGAGUGUGAGGUACAAAAAUGAUCACCAAACAACUCGGCAGAAAAAUGUUGUGACAAACACAGGACCUGGAUGAGAAGGAGCCAAAGAUGUGUCGCCUAAAGAAUUUCCAAGACGUAUUCAAUAACAGAACCUUCCUAUUCAUCUUAGUACUAUUAUCAUUAAAACUGUGCAGUCCUCAAGACCUGAACGAGGAAUUCGUGAAUGAGGACAGUUUAGACACAAUUUCCGACAUUAUGGUUGUGCCUGUGAAAAGGGUGAAGUUUCCUAGAAAUGCGCAGAAUCCUUGCAGGCUGAGCGAGCUCUUGUGUGAUACGGGACAGUGUAUAUCGCUGGACAAGUAUUGUAAUGGAGAGGACGACUGUGGAGACAAAAGCGACGAGCCCAAGUCUUGUACACCUUGCAACAGGACGUACAUGGGCGACGUUGGUCGCACCUAUGAGCUAGAAGUGCGGCGGCCGCGCGAGGACCACCUGCCUUUCCUGUGCCAUCUCAACUUCACUACCACCGGGGGGGACUAUGGGGAUAUCAUACAGUUAACAUUCGACACAUUCACCGUGGGCAAGUUCGUCUCGUUCACAUCCGACGGCUGCCCUGACGGUCACAUGACCAUCGUUGAGAGGAGCCCCUCCCCUCCGACCGGGCAGUGGUGCGGCUCGGCGUGGGGCUACACCGUCUACUUUAGCGAGUCAGACUCCAUCAAUAUGACCCUGAGACUUGACCGGCUCAGCCAACAGGGCGUUGGAUACAAUUUCGACUUCAAGUUAGCUUACAAGUUUCUAAGACGGAGUGAAGCGCGGUUGCGGUACGGGAACGCAACUGUGGGGGCCUGGAGGGGGGAGCGGGUCCCGGAGACCUACUGCGACCGCAUACUGAGCGACUGCGACCUGAGAGCCUGCCGCAUCCAGUCGCCCAACUUCCCGGGGGUGUACCCGCGAAACGCCACCUGUACAUACCGCAUCGAACAUACCAAGAUACCUUCGGAUAAGCAUGUUUUAAUAGCAGUAAGACAAACAAACAGUCAUAAAAUACAUAUCAAAGACCAAAUAGUCAAAUACGAUAGAAGUCAGAGGGUUUUAAAAAUUUGGGACCAGUGCAAUGUUGUCCAGGACUACCUGACAGUGUGGGACGGCCCCACUCGAGAAUCUCCCGUUUUGGUAAGACUGUGUGGAGGAGACGCUGUACCUGAUAUAGUCAGCCGCGGGCCUAACAUGCUAUUGGAGUUCCAUACAUCACCAUAUGACAAUCCGUUUCAUCCAGUGCCAUUGAGCUAUUUACCUGGAUUUGAACUUGAAGUUCAGGUGCUGUACGUGGACAAAGAUUCACAUUCGUACGUGCGUUUAGACGGUCGGUGCCGCUUUGUACUUCGAUCCUCAGACAAAACUAGUGGAGUGCUGAGAAAUCCUCGACAUUCACUGCCGCCGAAUACUUCGUGCGUCUACUAUUUUCAAGGUCGACCCAACGAGAUCGUGUGGGUAUCCUUCGUCAAGUACCAUUCAGCAGGCACUGAACCUGCAGGAUUUGACCAGCAGAAAGACUGUUCCUCGCAGCUGACCAUUUGGGAUGGGGCCGCGCCUGAUGCUGAUCUUGAGAGAAAGCUGGACAUGGCGGACAAGCGUUCAUUGCUGGGGUCGUUCUGUCGCGAGGAGUCGCCACGACUUUGCGACCACGCUCUUUUAUCAAACGCAACACGGGCAACGCGGCCUUGUGCGCCGUCGGAAAGCUACAUCACUACAGGCCCGGCACUUACGAUUCUGCAGGAACUCCGUCAAGGAUCGGCGUUGUACCCCGUCUCGUUUCUACUCCGGUAUGAAUUCGUGGAUGUGAGCGAGCAAGGGCAGCCGUUGGUCGAUUCUCAGUCAGCCUGCGACAGAAUUUUCAAAUCCGCUCAGACUUAUUCGGGAAGAUUUCAAUCUCCGAGAGCUAUUUUCUAUUACGGGCGAGGCGGUGCACAGAAUCUCACUUGUAUCUUAAGAUUUGAAGCAAAGCCCGGAGAAAGAAUACAAUUAACCUUUACUAGUAGUUACUUCGGGAACAAACAAUGUAGUACAUACAAAGACUCCCGGGCAGGCCGCUGGAAAUGUGAUAGGCCUGCGAAAAGAAUAAUUGGAGGCGAAGGCUUCGCUCAGAUUAUUAUUACCGAAUAUCCUUGGGAAGGAGUGCCUAUUCAAAGGGAUUGUCUGUGUACAAAUCGAUCUGAACCCUUAACUAUUCAUACUUUGACUGCUCCAGUUGUAGAAAUCAACUUUACUGUGACAAUGAUGAAUAUCACAGAAGAUUACGACGAUUUUACUUUUGAGGGUGAAUACAAAUUUAUUCCUAGUGGACCUGGCGAUGAAACAGUAUGUUCAUCUGGCUGGGGGGAAAGAAAGUUAAGAGGAAGCAGUGGAGAAAUAAGAUUAUUCGAUAAAAGACAAACUCCAUCAGCGCCAGAAAUAGUUGGGGAUAGGCACGUUAUAUCAGAAAGUGUCAGAGCAGAAGUAUCAUGUGUUCAUAGGCCUUGGCUAAUAGAACCAGGUGGAGAUGAAGUGACUCCUAUACAAGGGAGAUAUUUAUACGUAAAAGUACCAGGGUUUGAGGUGACGACAGCCAAGUCAUUUUGUCGUACUCCUAAUAGACUUUAUAUUUAUGAGGCCCGAGACACUUCGCAACCGCGCGAAGUGUGUCCCGAUGGGCCGAACUUCAUUGAAAUGUUUUCACCUGGAUGGAAGUCAGCUCAAACGCCUUUGGAAACAUCGCUGAAACCACAUGCCCGAAGCUAUGUUAUUGAUUUUCUGCAACAUGAGCCAGCAGAUUAUUCAAUUAAAUGGAUAGAGGUCAUGAAACAGCCAUUAUUCGAGCACGAUCCCGAUUCAAAUAUUAUGCCUAGUUCUGUCACAUUGGAUUGCCGAUACAACUGUCCCGAGCUCAACGCUUGCAUUCCUUCAACUUUAUGGUGCGAUGGUAGUCCUCACUGUCCAUCAGGGUACGACGAAGAUGAUUCAAACUGUUCAUUCCGCAUAUCCUUGCCGCCACCGUACAUAGCCGCGGCCGCCGGCGUCGGUCUUCUGCUUUGUGCUAUCACAGUAGCAUUAUGUGCAUGCCGGAGGCGUCGAAGAAAAGACAAAGAGUUUAAAGCUCGGUUAGACGGCGCGUUGCCUCCAGAAGAAAGACCUUACGAUCGCGCUAAAACCAACGGCGUUCCUGAAGCUACGCGGCAAUACGCGACAGUGCAGAAAUACGCGACUAUAGAUAAGUAUAGCUUGAGUCAAAAGUAUUGUGCGGGGUUGAACGACGCGAGAUAUUAUGACGAGGUAGCACAACGGGAUAAGCUUGCAGAUACAAGGUACGCUAGUUUAGGUCGCGCCGGGCGAGGCAUGCGUGUCGACAACGCGAGAGGCGACGGCGGCACGGGCUCGAGGCGGGCCAUGCCCGAUCUGGGGUAUCCCGAUCUCAAGGAUGGCUUUUGUUGACCCUCUCCGGAUCUAAUAGAAACUACUGUAUAGUACGAAUACCAGAUUUUGUUUAGAAAAUAAUUGUGUUUGUGUAAAAUUAGAGUGAAGACUGAUUUUACAUUUUGGCCAAAGUGCCUCUUUAAUACUUGGCGAAACUUUAAAGAAAUUUGAUCACUAGUACUAUUGGAAUCCCCUAAAACAAGAUACUGUUUUUUUUACAUUUAUGACAGGUAAUCUAUUUGUAUAGUUCUAGUGAUGUAAUGAUAUUAAUAAAGUGUAAAUAAUCCGUGUAAUAAACUGAUUGCCAUAACAUUGUGUUACUUAGCCGACAUGUUUCACAUGUCAGUUAUAUAGUAGUAAUAAUUAAUCGUGCAAUAGAAUUAAUAAAUAAAUUUCACUAGAAUUCCUGAAAUCUUAAAAACUGUUAUUUAUUUUAAUUUGAACAUCAUAUAGAAUUGUAUACCCAAAUAACAUAUCUAAAUGUAUAUAAAAAGCUUGACAAUACAAUUUUAAGAUACAAUUUAAACACUGUAUUGUAUGGAAAAGUAACUAGGCAUGUCAGAGAAAAAUGAGUGAAAGAAUAU